AAAAAAAAAAUCGCUCGUCCUCCAUUAUAGAGAAACUUGCAAAACGCUCGUAAAUAAUAAUAAUACAAAAUGAGAGAAGUUAUUUCAAUUCACAUUGGUCAAGCUGGUGUUCAAGUCGGUAACGCCUGUUGGGAACUCUACUGUUUGGAACAUGGUAUUCAACCUGAUGGUUUGAUGCCAUCCGAUAAGACUAUUGGUGUUGAAGAUGAUGCUUUCAAUACCUUCUUCUCUGAAACUGGUGCUGGUAAGCACGUUCCAAGAGCUGUCUUCCUCGAUUUGGAACCAACUGUUGUUGAUGAAGUUCGUACCGGUACUUAUAGACAACUCUUCCACCCUGAACAAUUAAUCACUGGUAAGGAAGAUGCUGCUAACAACUAUGCUAGAGGUCACUACACUAUUGGUAAGGAAAUUGUCGAUUUGUGUUUGGACAGAAUUAGAAAGUUGGCUGACAACUGUACUGGUUUGCAAGGUUUCCUUGUCUUCUCAUCUGUUGGUGGUGGUACUGGUUCUGGUUUGGGUGCCUUGUUGUUGGAAAGAUUGUCUGUUGACUAUGGUAAGAAGUCCAAGUUGGGUUUCACUGUCUAUCCAUCUCCUCAAGUUGCUACUGCUGUUGUUGAACCAUACAACUCUGUCUUGUCCACUCACGCCUUGUUGGAACACACUGAUGUUGCUGUCAUGUUGGACAAUGAAGCUAUCUAUGAUAUCUGUAGAAGAUCAUUGGAUAUCCAAAGACCAACCUACACUAAUUUGAACAGAUUGAUUGCUCAAGUCAUCUCCUCAUUGACUGCUUCUUUGAGAUUCGAUGGUGCUUUGAACGUCGACGUUACUGAAUUCCAAACUAACUUGGUCCCAUAUCCAAGAAUUCACUUUAUGUUGUGUUCUUAUGCUCCAGUUAUUUCUGCUGAAAAGGCUUAUCACGAACAAUUGUCUGUUGCUGAAAUUACCAACUCUGCUUUCGAACCAGCCUCAAUGAUGGCUAAGUGUGACCCAAGACACGGUAAAUACAUGGCUUGUUGUUUGAUGUACAGAGGUGAUGUCGUUCCAAAGGACGUCAAUGCUGCUGUUGCCACUAUUAAGACUAAGAGAACUAUCCAAUUCGUUGACUGGUCUCCAACUGGUUUCAAGUGUGGUAUCAAUUACCAACCACCAACUGUCGUUCCAGGUGGUGAUUUGGCUAAGGUUCAAAGAGCUGUCUGUAUGAUUUCCAACUCUACUGCCAUUGCUGAAGUCUUCUCCAGAAUUGAUCACAAGUUCGACUUGAUGUAUGCCAAGAGAGCUUUCGUCCAUUGGUAUGUCGGUGAAGGUAUGGAAGAAGGUGAAUUCUCUGAAGCCAGAGAAGAUUUGGCUGCCCUUGAAAAGGACUACGAAGAAGUUGGUACUGAAUCCCAAGAAGGUGAUGGUGAAGAAGGUGAAGAUGGUGGUGACCAAUAAAUUAAUUACUCCAUUGAGACUUUUUC